AUGCCUUACUAUUCUCAACAAGAUUCUUUCGCAUACGAGAUACCUACCCUCGACCAAACAUGGCAAUUGUUCUCUGGCGAAGAACUCUUCAUUGGUGAAAUAGAGAGCAACACUAUCACAAACCAUGUCUUUGAUGCAGAACCCAUAGCGAACUGGCAGAUGCUUGACUCCAAUAAAGAUCAUUCAAGUGGAGAGCUUUCCAUUGGAAACGUCGAGUUCCAAUUUCAUGCAGAGCUUACGGCACAUCACUGGCCGGUACCUAUGGCCAGCCAUUCUAUGCAAGCCCCUUCGAAUGAAGGAUUUCUCAGCGAAACUCCCUCGACUCACCAGCUCUUACAACGCCCUUUUAAUACGGAGCGCCCAGUCAAUCAAAUCAUAUAUCCAGCUCUCAACCAACCUCUGUCCUACCCGUUAUGGGAACAGAGAGGGGCAGGAAAUGUUGGUAAACAAUCAGCAUACAACCUACAUACUAUCACGGCUCUCCCGGAGGCUGUCUUGGAACCUCUACCCUCGGGUAACACAGAUACGACUACCACCCCCACACCACCUCUCAUCGCUGCCCCUGUUCAUCCACUCACCGGCCGUUAUCCCUGCUCCUAUCCCACCUGCGCUCAGGACUUCGGGCGCUCAUCCGAUCGUGUUCGGCAUAUCUCAUCAGUUCAUCAACGCGGCCAGACAAAUCAAGGAAAGAACCUCUGCCCUAUUGUUGGAUGUCGCCGCAGCUAUGGGAAAGGACUUUGUCGUCCAGACAAAGUCAAUGACCAUUUGAAAAAGGUUCAUGGUCUUGUCAGAGUUACUCCAAAUGGCGGUGCCGCUUCUGCUGGCCCUUCUGCACAUAGUACCGGUGAUGGCUCCAAUGUCGCCGGUGGGGCUGCUACUUUGGCCGGAAACGGAAAUUAA